AACUAAGCAGCGAGAAUGAGCACUUCUUCGGGACAAGAAAAUGGCAAAGUUGUAGUGAUAGGUUCAGGUUUUGCAGGUUUGGCUGCUGCAGCCAGGUUGGUGGAGGCAGGAUUUGAAAAUGUCUUGGUACUUGAGGCAAAGGAGAGGGUUGGAGGUCGAGUUCACACCACUAAACCGUUCACUGAGAAUGUAAUUGAAGUUGGAGCUAACUGGAUUCACGGGCAGAAAGGAAACCCCCUGUUCAAGAUUGCUAAAGAGAAGAACCUGCUAUCCGAGGGACCGUCUGCACGCAAAAAAACCCGUUCUGUAACCACUGAAGAUUAUUUUUUCAAAGAAGAUGGGAAGCAGGUCUCCACAAAAGUUGUAGAUAAGGUGACUUCGUAUUUCAGCAAGCUCACCGACAAAGCUUUUGAUGAUGAACUCAAGAGCAGGCACAGAAAACUAACUCUAGGUGCUUAUCUGGACGAUGCCUUUGGUGAAUCUCCUUUAGCUGCAACAGAAGACGGCCAGCAAGUUUUUGAAUGGUGCAAGAGGAACGAAUGCACAGAUGAGGCUUGCUCUAGCCUCUAUGAGGUUUCUGCAUCUCAGAUUAGCUAUUACACCGCUCUAGAGGGAGGAUUUUUUAAUACUUUGGGAACUGGUGGAUAUCAAGCAAUCUUGGAUGUUCUUCUGAAAGAUCUGCCUUCAGGAACUGUCCAGUGUAAUGCACCGGUCAAGAGCAUCCAAUGGGACUUGGGCCAAAAAGGCAGUGGUGAAGAUCAAAGGUAUCCUGUUAAGGUUGUCUGUGAAAAUGGACAGAGCUUUGAGGCAGACCAUGUGAUUGUCACCGUAUCUCUGGGGGUUCUCAAAGACAAAGCGACAACCAUGUUCGAACCGUCCUUACCAGAAGAAAAGCUGUCUGCAAUUGAGAAUCUUAGCUUUGGGAUAGUGGACAAAAUUUUCCUGUUUUUCGAGAAAAGUUUCUGGCCAGACGACUGUGCCGGGGUUCAGCUGGUGUGGAAAGAGGGGCCUGAAGAUAAAGAUGUUUAUGAAUCUCUGUCCGAAGGAGAAACCUGGAAAAAGACGUGGUUCAAGAAGAUCACUGGUUUUGAUACUGUGGCUCGUCAUCCCACGGCUCUCUGUGGCUGGAUCACAGGUAGAGAAGCACUGUAUAUGGAGAGUCUUCAGGACAGUGAAAUCGGAGCUAUCUGUGUGAGGUUGCUCAGGUCUUUCACAGGCUGGUCAGUGCCAGAAGUCUCAAAGACACUGAUCACCAGAUGGGGUUCUGAUCCCCACGUCCGUGGCUCCUAUACAUUCAUUUCUGAUGGUGUCAAUGGAGUGGAAGCACACAAGGCAUUAGCGUCACCUCUUCCCCCUAAAGAUAAAUGCAGAGGAAGGAAGCACCUUCAGGUGUUAUUUGCUGGUGAAGCUACACAUGUGAACUUUUACACCACGACCCAUGGAGCGUACCUCACAGGCGUCAGAGAAGCAGAAAGACUCAUAAGCUAUUACGCCGAUUGAACAUACAAUCCCAAAGAGAGGGCAACAUAUACUUUGGUUUUAUGAUUGUAUAACAUUUUAUGAGUGUAUAGCAUUUUAUAGACUUGCUCUCACACCUUAUAGACUUGCACAAUUUUAGUGUUUAAAUGAUCCAAAGGCUGCCUGAUAAACAGCAAAUCCUACAUACAACUGAUCACAUGGUGACUGAUCACCAUGCAUAUCUCUGUCUAGUUAAUUGUUAAACUCCAACGUGUUGUACGUGUAGUACUGAUGGAGAAAUAUUCUUUCCCACAUGCAGAACAAUGUUAAAUAAUAUUUUCUAAAAUACAUACAGUGCCCUCAAGUGAUAUGAUCCCCAUUAUCCUGUAAAUUUACACUAGAAUCAUUUUAAAAUUGCCUCAGGUUUGAAGAAAAUUUGACCAAAUAAAAUAUGGGGAACUUUUGCAAUAACACAGUGCCUUGAUUAAAAUGAAUUGUUUCAUUGUGAAUAUCUAUGUUUGGUCAUUUAAUAUAAUAAACCACCGUUGGUCAAAA